UUUCUCUCUCUCUGGUGUUUCAUUUUUAAAUUUUAUUUACGAAAUUACAUUAUUGACCUCCAAAGUUGCAUAUAAGCACCCAUUCCCACCCUUCUUCUCCAUAACCAAAAGACGAACUCAUCAUCUCUACGUUGCAGAAUCACGUUAUCCUGAUUUUCCCACCUUUCUGCUUGAAAAAUUAACCAGAAUGGCUAUCAAAGUGAAAGAAAGCCUUGGAGUGAGAAAGGGAAGCAAUAUUGGAAAGGCUACUGCCGAUGAUAAAGAGAUGCAUUACAGGGGAGUAAGGAAGAGACCGUGGGGCCGCUACGCCGCAGAAAUCCGAGACCCCGGCAAGAAGAGCCGGGUCUGGCUCGGCACCUUCGACACGGCCGAAGAAGCAGCGCGUGCCUACGACGCUGCGGCCAGAGAAUUCCGCGGUUCCAAGGCCAAGACCAACUUCCCAUCGCCGAAUGAUUGCUCUCCCACCGACCGGAGCCCCAGCCAGAGCAGCACCGUUGAGUCGACGAGUCCAAAAGCCGAGGCGCGUGGCGUCUCGCGCCUGCAAGAGAUGGGCGGUGGCAGUGGUUUUCUGGGUCGACCUGUUGCGGCUCCGUUCCCAUUUCUUAAUCAGCGGGCGUAUGUUGGGGGAGUGGUAGGUAGUUUCCCACACGUGAGUCCGGUUUUGUUUGUGGACGCGCUCGGUCGGCCUGAGUUUGUGACCCAGACGUACCCCAUCCGGUUCGAUCCAUCGGCGGUUGAUUUCAAUUUAGGGAUGGGAAGUGGGGUCCAGAGCGAGUCAGACUCAUCGUCGGUCGUCGACUGCAAGCCGAGAGCGAGAAAAGAACUCAAUCUUGAUCUUAAUCUUGCACCUCCGGUGGACGCUUAAUUUCCCAUAAGUUUUGUAAUAAUCACAAGCAAAGCUCUUUUGUUUUUUCUUCUUAAUUAUAGAACACCUCCCUCCUCCAAUGUAAUUAAGGGACCGAUGAUAUUAACUUGAGUAUCUAUGAAUUACAGAUUUAAUGGUA